GCAGCUCAGCCUGGCGGCCCGGCAAAGCACCAACAAUCACGGAUCGCCGCUGCCCGAGAACAGCCAGGAAGGAGGGCGUGUGCGGUGCAGCGCGGCUAGCAUCUACCGCAGCCCAGUGGGCCCCCCACGCGGAUUGCCCCCGCGCGCAUCCCUCGGUCCGUCGAUCGGUGGAAGCCCUGGGCUCCCUGCACUCGUUUGGGAGGCGACACCAGACCGAUGGCGGCAGCGGCGGCCCUAUCCGGCCUGGUGGUGCGGCUGUCGCGCUCCAGGGCGGCUCGUGGCUCCUACGGCGCCUUCUGCAAGGGGCUCACGCGCACACUGAUGAUCUUCUUCGACCUGGCCUGGCGGCUGCGCACCAACUUCCCCUACUUCUACGUGGUGGCCUCAGUGAUUCUCAACGUCCGCCUGCAGGUACAUAUUUAGAGCAACUAACUUUGUGGCUUUCGGGAGGGGGGGGACUGGCCAGGAUGGCUGGCUUCCACCCAGCGGCCCGCCCGCCCUAGGGCACAGCGCGCGCAGACUGGCGGGGCAGUCUCCCCACUGACUGCCUUAUCUUUUCAUGUACACGGGUGGCUGGAAAUCAUUUGCGGAAAGUCUACCGAAUAUCCAAAAAAGCCACAUAGAAUGAAAAAGUGAUUCAUCAGGAAAUAGAUAGAAGAACAGGAAAGAACUCUAAACUCUGAAAGUCUUCAGAAAUACUCGAGAAGUUCUUUCAGCCGUAAAACGCAAAACAGCCAGAACGGGAGGAACCUUCGAGCCACAGGAUGCUAGAAGUGGGUCGGGGGGAACAAGAGGAAAGGUUACUCAACCGAAAGGUAAACCUGAACAGCACAACAGCCCCGUUAGGAAGCAGAUCUUCCCAAUUAGAAUAAGAUGUGAACAGACUUCCAACUGAACGGAAUGAGCAAUAGAUGGAUUGAGUUAGAAGCUGGAAGAAAUUAACAACGUGAUUUGAAGGGCAAACGCUUCUUCAUCCCAAAAGCCAAGGCAAUGGCGAACAGAAACUACAAGGGGAAACAAGUAUCUCAAACUGUGCAAGGAAAGCAGGCUUCGGAGAGGAAGCAACUUCAGUCGUGGCCGCGUUUUGAAAAGCUGCCCGGAGUGGGAGAAAGGGAAUCCGCUCCCACACUAAUUUGUGCAGCAAAACUCUGCGUCCACAGAGACCAGUCAUCCCGUUCAGCUCUGCUUUGCAUUGAACCAUAUUUGAAGAAUCACUUCGGUGGAGACAGAAGUUACAGUUUUCCAUUUUUGGACCAAAUCUGUCAGCGAAGCAGGGAAGACUUAAUGAUGGUUAUAGAACCGGAUGGGAACAUUAGCCACUUGCACAGCGCAGGGUCCAGGCAACAAGUGGGAGGGAAAAGAGGAAUUG